GCUUCUUUUUUAGUCAUAUUUAUUAUUUUUAUUAUAGUAUAAUUAUUUAUAAUGCUUCCUCAGCCUAAACUAAGGAAAACUCCUUUCCUGCAAUUUCGUGCAGGUAAAAUGACUUACGUGAACAAAACUGUCCUUGCCGAUAAACGUAAAGGGUACCUAUCAUUUAUCGAUGAUGGAGCUGACAUCAUAGAAUUGAUAUGGUCAUCUGAAAGUUCAGAUACUGAUCUUUCUCUUCCUUUAAAAAAGGGAGAAGUUGAAGUGCAGUUUGUAGAGAAAUGUACAACUGGAAGAGUUUUGCUUUUUAAGACUGGAAAAGGUACAAAUCAAGGGCUACAUUUCUUUUGGCUUCAGGAUAAGUCAACUGAAAAAGAUAGUAGCUACCUCGAAAAUAUUAAAGCAGCACUUACUCCAAAGAAAGAUAGUUCGACGACGGCUCCGAGAACAAUACAACUAGCUGAGUUACAGAAACUUAUUUCAUCUAUUUCAUCGAGCAGUAAUGAUAUUUCGCUUAGAAAAUUAAUGCACUCAACAAAAAUUACCGAAGCUCUCCUAGAGGAACCAGACUUUUACUAUGACCGUAUAAAAGGUCAUCUUUCUGAAAAUGAAAUUUGGAAUCCAAAAGAUAUUACAAAGGAGCUUAAAAAUCCUCAUAUUACUAGGGCAUUAGACGUUAUUGAGACAGCCCUUAAGGAUCCUCAAGCCUACAGGGCGCUGUGCCGCGAAAAUAAUUUACCAGUGUGCGGCACUGGUGUUAUUGGAUUUCUGUAUGCGAUUGUCAAUUCAAUGAGGAAACCAACCUAGAAAAAAAUAAAAGUGGAAAAUCUAUUCAUUGAUUUAUUAAUAAUAAUAAUCAUGAAAACCAACAAAGCGCAAUAUAUUUAUUUAUGAGUUUACAAAUAAUAAAGUUUCAUUCAAUCAACCAAGUUACCCUUUCGUAUAUUAUCAUUAUUAAAAAAAAAUAAUACUAAAAA